UUUUUUCGAAAUCGAUUGUCUCAACCCUGCCUGUCAACGUUGUUAUCAGAAUCGUUGUCAGCAAAAUAUUUCAUAAGUUUUCUUUUUUUUCGACUCAAACACAAUUAACUAAUACGAUCACAUAAAAGAUGCUGCACGGACAGUUGAGAAACAAAUUUUUGCUGACGAUUUGAGGACCAUGAUAUUUUCCCGUAGAAAAAUGAAGCAAAUGGUUCUUCUGUGCAUUGGACUGAUUUUUGUGAUUUGCAUCUAUAAAACGUUCGUGACGACGGAAUCAAUCCAUGUACCACAACCCGAACCGCAAGCGAGAUCAAUUAAAGACAACAAUCAACAAUUUGACAAUGACAACGAACUGGAGCGAAGAUACCACACUGAACUGGCAGAAACCAAAUUGAAAAUCAAAGAACUAGAACUGAAAAUCCAAUUGUUAGAGGAUCGAAUACCAAAAAAGUAUCCAGAUGUGACGUACUUGAAUUACAAAAAUCGAAAACGAAUUUUGAUAACUGGUGGAGCCGGAUUCGUUGGCUCCCACUUGACUGACUAUUUGAUGAUGCAGGGCCAUGAGAUCAUUGUGGCCGAUAAUUUUUUCACCGGCCGAAAGCGUAACGUUGAACACUGGUUCGGUCACGAGAAUUUCGAGCUAAUUCAUCACGACAUCGUCAAUCCUUUGUUUAUUGAAGUGGAUGAAAUUUACCAUCUGGCCAGUCCUGCCUCACCACCGCAUUAUAUGUACAAUCCCGUCAAAACGAUAAAAACCAACACGAUGGGAACUAUCAACAUGCUGGGUUUGGCUAAGCGUGUCGGAGCUAAAGUCCUUAUAGCGAGUACAUCGGAAGUGUAUGGCGAUCCAGACGUUCAUCCACAGCCCGAAACGUAUUGGGGUCAUGUGAAUCCGAUUGGUCCACGGGCGUGUUACGACGAAGGGAAACGAGUGUCUGAGACAUUGAGCUAUGCGUACGCUAAGCAGGAAAAUGUUAAAGUUCGAGUGGCACGAAUAUUUAACACAUACGGACCGCGAAUGCAUAUGAACGACGGUCGAGUGGUGUCGAAUUUUAUUUUACAAGCACUACAAAAUGAAUCGAUUACUAUUUACGGAAAUGGUAAACAGACAAGGUCAUUUCAAUAUGUAUCUGAUUUGGUCGACGGUUUAGUGGCACUGAUGGAAUCAAAUUACACUCAACCGAUAAACAUUGGCAAUCCAGUUGAGCACACGAUCGAAGAAUUUGCUGUCAUAAUCCGUGAUUUAGUUGGUGGCAAAAGCAAAAUUCAAACAAUGGCAGCCGUCGAAGAUGAUCCACAACGACGUAAACCUGAUAUAACGCGGGCGAAGAAAUAUAUUCAAUGGGAGCCAAGGGUUCCACUAAAAAUUGGUCUUGAAAAAACCAUCGACUACUUCCGCAAAGAGUUGGAUCGUUCGAAUCAUUCGCAACGAAAUGUAUUCGUACCGCAGAAUGAUAAUUCCUAAUCUAGUCUUGAAAACAAAUCAAAAAAAAUGAAAAUGUGCAAAAUAGAUGUAAAUGUAGUAGAGAGAUCUUGUAAAAAACAGAAAAAAAAACGAAAUUUAAAAUAGAAAAAAAGGUUUAAAUGUUACCGAAUGAAUGGGGAUUGAAAAGUGCUUAGC